UGAUCAUGCAGUCCAUAUGAAGGAAACCUAUGACAACAUGAAACAACUUUUGAGGUGCAUAAACUACAACCAACAUCAGUGGCAGCUUUGUGGCGAUUUGAAGGCUGUUGCUUUCUUGCUUGGGCUGCAGUAUGGAUACACAAAGUACUGCUGUUUUCUCUGCGAAUGGGAUAGUCGCGCAAGAGAUUCCCACUACAUCAAGAUAUAUUGGCCACUUCAACAGUCAUUGGAGCCUGGGAGGAAAAGUAUUCAGCAUCCACCACUUGUUGAAUCAAGGAAGAUGUUACCAUCCUUACACAUCAAGCUGGGUCUGAUGAAGAUCUUUGUCAAUGCCGUGGACAAAACACAAGCAGCUUUCAAGUACCUCCAUGGAAAAUUUCCAAGGUUAAGUGAAGCUAAGAUGAAGGAAGGUGUCUUUUUUUUGGUCUUCAGAUUCGUGAACUUCUUUGAGAUGAUGCAUUUGACAGUGCACUGCGUGGCAAGGAAAAGACUGCAUGGAAAGCCUUCCAGUUAGUGGCAACAAUUUUUUUUGGAAACAACAAGGCAGACAACUACAGGGAGUUUAUGGAAAAUCUUCUCAAGGCAUACAAAAGUUUUGGUUGCAACAUGUCACUAAAGAUACAUUUUUUGCACUCUUAUCUAGAUUUUUUCCCACCGAACUACAGAGCACUGAGCGACGAGCAUGGCAAGCGAUUUCACCAGGACAUUGCAGCAAUGGAGAAAUGCUAUCAGGGCCAAUGGAGCCCAUCAAUGCUGGCAGACUAUUGCUGGACAGUGACAAGAGAUGCUCCAUUUAAAGAAUACAAGAGACAAACCAAGAAGCAUCGAAUCACAAUGUGCGCUGUGUAUGGAAAAAUCAAUCACAUGGAGAAGACAGGCUUGGCAACGACUGGAAGUAAAAGGCACCAAUGCAUCCAGUGUCCAUACAGCACAGAUCAGAUGGAUAACUUGAAGGGACACCAGAGAAAACACACUGGCGAGAAGCCCUUCAAGUGCUCUGUGUGUGGAAAGGCAUUCAUACGAAUUAAUCGCAUGGAGAAGAGACCCUCAACACAGCCUGGUGAUAAAACGCAUCGAUGUGACCAGUGUUUAUACAGCACGGAUCGCAUUGUACGUUUGAAGCAGCAACAGAGCAAAUGCAGGGCCGAGAAGCCCUUCAAGUGCAGUGUAUGUGGUAGGGCAUUUGCACAAUCAGGAACUCUUAAGAAACAUAAUACAACACACAUGGGCGAGAAGCCCUUCAAGUGUACUGUGUGUGGGAAGGCAUUUGCUCGUUCAGAAACUCUUCAUAUUCAUCAGAGAACACACACCGGUGAGAAGCCCUUCAAGUGCACUGUGUGUGGGAAGUCAUUUGCUCAACCAAUAACUCUUCAUAUUCAUCAGAGAACACACACCGGUGAGAAGCCCUUCAAGUGCACUGUGUGUGAGAAGUCAUUUGCUCAUGGAAAAACUCUUCAAAUUCAUCAGAGAACACACACAGGCGAGAAGCCCUUCAAGUGCAGUGUAUGUGGUAAGGCAUUUGCACAGUCAGAAUAUCUUAAGACACAUAAUAGAACACACACGGGUGAGAAGCCCUUCAAAUGCACUGUGUGUGGGAAGGCAUUUGCUCGUUCAAAAACUCUUCAUAAUCAUCAUGGAACACACACUGGUGAGAAGCCCUUCAAGUGCACUGUGUGUGGGAAGGCAUUUGCUCUUUCAAAAUAUCUUAAGAAACAUAAGAAAACACAUUCAGAUGAGAAUCCUUUCAAGUGCACUGUCUGUGGGAAGGAGUUUACAUUAUCAGGAAAGCUAAAGAGGCAUGAGAAGAUCCACAAGGAGAAAGUUAAAUCGACUUGUGAAAGUCAACAUGCUGCAAUGAAACGGGAAUCAGAAGAAAAUUCCAACUUGGAAACAAGGUCAGGAGUGACAGUGAAAUGUGAAGAAGUGAAAUGUGAGGAAGUGACGGUGAAAUGUGAAGAUCAAGAUUCGACUCCAGGACCCAAUCUACAAGUGGAUGGAGGCAGCGUGAAGCAGGAGGAGCAUUCGGAUUCUGAGGGAGAGCGAGGCAAUCCCCAGCAGUUUGUGGAUGUGGAGGUGUGGGUGGAGUUUUUGGACAAAUCUGAGUAGGAGGGGCCAGCACGUGUGAAAUGGCACAUUGGAAGAUGUGUAACCUGGAGUUUGAUGGGCUUUCUGUACAGAUGAAGUUAUUGAGUGUCGAAGUGAAAUAGUCGAUAUGCAAAGCAUUAUGCUGCCUUAUAAAACACGAAUUAGGAAUUGUUUUGAUGGUUACAUAUUAAAUGAAGUAUGAAUUGUAACUGUUGGGCAUUACUAUUAAAGUGGCUGUCAGGUGUGGCCAUGCUUUUAUGCAUGCUCCCAAUCUGUUAUUUUAUUGUUUUUGUAAUGCCCUUUAAUAAAAUAAAAGGUAAGCAUUUUUGUAAUAUUUACUUUUGGCUUCAUACACUAAAUAUAUGUUCAUGAUAUCAAAACAAUUUAAUGUCAGGCCUACUUUCUGCACUUGUUUUGCUUUUAAUCCCUUUGGCUUUCAUUUAAUUGGUCUUAGCCUGAUGUUAUUUUUUUCAUUUUAUAUAAUGGUAACAGCAGGGGUCUGCAAGUCUACUGUACAUCCCACCUGAUGGCUAUGUACGCACCUUGCAUAGUGUAGUUAUUGUGGUUUAUAAUGCAAUGUAUCAAGUGUGCAGUGCAUAGUGAAUAGUAUGUGUGGUGAAAUGUGUGUAUGUAUGGUGAUGUAUAGUAUGUCUACAGUGCAGUGUGUAAGAAGCCGGCUUCGGCUUUUCACGUGACGAAUCGCACGCAAUGUAUCAUUGCACUCAGUCGCAAGUUGCAGUCCAAAGGUGGCGAAUGAGAGUAAAGUUCUGCAUCUUGACGCUGCAUGCCAUUUGCAGUGAGGCGUGUUGUGCGCCAUACAGUUGCUGUAGCUGGUGUGAGCUUACCUGCGAUGAAUCGCACGUGUAAUUGUGCACUCUGCAAUGUUUCUGUAAUUGUUAUGUAGAGCCAGGUGCUGGUGUUUUUUAUACGUGUAGGUAAUGUUCAGAGCAUGCCACGCCUAACUGUGUGUAGACUAUUCAAAGUACAGGGAACACCCCAAUUUGAGGUGGACUGGUGAGAUAUUACAUUAUUCAAAUAGGAAAAUAAAAUAUAACUUAAAUUAUAUUAUUUCAAUGUUAAUCGAAAGCGAUAGACUAGGUAAUGUUUGUUGAUUGAAUUAUUGGUGGUGAAGAUAUUCACAAUUAAGACGUUGAUUUUAUUGAAGUUUUUUAUAUUUCAACAUGUAAUUUUGGUUAUAAUUGGGCCUAGAAAAUGAACACUGGUGCUAAAUCCCAUCAAGAGGUACUGUGUGAAGUGGAGGGUGAUAGGUUUGUGUCUGGUAAUAUUUACAGGUAUGAUACGUUCACUUAUUUCCAGUUAUGUUGUGUUUGCCGUUUUUUUCGCGGGAAGUUUAAUACUAGAAUUUUGCCGACCAAAGGCCGCCUUACUCUAGUAGCGCCUUCGAAGGGCUUCUCCGUGGUUGGCGUCUCACCCAUUGCUCCCACUGAUGUCCUCUUCUUCUCCCCCCCCCCCCAUCUGUGCAGAUACUGCUGAAUUUAACACGUAGCCUUUCGCAACCAAUAUCCAUAAUACAGGUUUUUUCUUGGGUUAGAUCGUGUGAAUAUAUAAGUACGUCGUUAAACCAGCCACCAUCCGACGCAGCCAAUUAGUAAGAUUUGUAAUGUAAACAAAACAUGCCAAUUCGUUACUCAUACAGCAAAGUGUUCGAGAGCCAAGCUAAAUCAUUUACUGUCUGAGUACGAUGUUUUGCCAGUAAUUACAACUAGCUUCAUCAGGCAACAGCCAGAUUUGUGCAUGUAAAAUGCACAAAAUUGGCAGCAUACGAAUUUAGCCUUAAAUUGAGUUAAUGGGGCGAGCAGAAUUAGUGUUUUGGCAGAGGUUCCAGUCUCAAUUCAAAAAGAAAGCUUUAGUGGUUAUUGUCAGUUAAAUAUCCCAAAUUUACAUGUUACUAUAAUUUCACGUAUUAUUGCUUUAUUCCUAAUAUAAAUACGUUUUGAUUCGUUAAUGCAAUAUUAUUUUGGAACGUAGCACAUUUAGGAGGCACUACACAUAUUUUAGGCAUAUGUUUGAUGUGGAAUAUUUACAUUUGUAUUGUUAAAUAAGAUGUUAAAUGUUCUUAGAUUUGAAAAGCGGCUGUUUUAACUUAUAUUUGCAGUAGAUUCCGUGCUGAGGAGCUGCUCUGAGCUGUUGUGUGACGUGGAAGGUGAUAGGGAUAUGUUUGGUCAUGAUUACAGAUAUGCAAGUGCUCCUCGGAGGAACACUUUGAAAUAAAGCAUUUCCGUUUCACAAA